AUGGCGCAUUCAUCUGCAAGUGCGGGUGAUUCACCACCUCCCUCAAGCACCGAUACAACCCAAAACAACCUCCAGCAUUUUUUUGUUCUUCACAAAGCAUCUGAAAAGUUAACUUGUAAUGGGAAAGCCCGAAAGAGGCUUGAUCUAAGCCCAACAAAGCUUAAGCCUGAGAAGAAGGAAUGGGAUGAGCGCUGCUUGCGAAUGGAAGCUUUUCAGUUGGUUUGGUCUGGAAUUGACUCCACUAUCAAGGACGUUCUGAGGAAUAUGAAUGCUCGUGUAUUUAAUGACAUACACAGCUGGGUACGGGACUCCUUCAAUACGAAUGCUAUCAAACCAUUUCCGCCACCUUCUCCCAUUGUCACCCACCAGCUCUUCACUGCGCUCCUUCUCACCAAGAAUAUGGAGUUUGUUGAUGAUUUCUUGACAUUUCAAGAGCUUGGCCUCUUCUUGAAAUCUCAUGGAUGCCAUGUGGCUAACCUUUCCUCCUUCGACUUUUCUCCCAAGAAUGGCAUUGCUGGUUGUCUCACAAGUUUAUUGAGACAGUUUUUGAUGCGGACUUUUGAUGCAGCUGAUAUGUCCAUAUUGGCAUCAUGGUACAGCCAGCAGGGAAACUAUGGUUCUCCAGUGGUUGUCAUUAUAAACGAUAUGGAACGAUGUUGUGGUCCUGUCUUGUCUGAUUUGAUUCUUAUGUUGAGUGAAUGGAUUGUCAAGAUCCCAGUCAUUUUAAUCAUGGGAGUUGCAACAACAUUGGAUGCCCCAAGUAACAUACUUCCUUCAAAUGUGCUCAAGAAGUUGCGCCCUUGCAAGUUCACAUUGGGAUCACCGGCUGAGAGGAUGGAUGCAGUUGUUGAGGCUGCUCUUGUGAGGCAGUGUUCUGGUUUCGCUGUUGGUCAAAAGGUGGCUAUUUUUCUGCGAAACUACUUCUUAAAUCAGGAUGGUACAUUGACAUCUUUUUUUAGAGCUUUGAAGAUAGCAUGUGUCCAACAUUUCUCCACGGAGCCUUUAAGCUUCAUGCUUGGACAGUUGCUUGCUAAAGAAGACAGCAAGGGAUUUCAGAGUGAGAAAGUGGUUAAGGGGGCAUCCGAAAUUUUACUUCAUGCAAGGGAUCAAAUGGCUGAACAAACUGAUAUCCCUAUAGCUCAUUGUUUGACAGAGUUGAAGAGAUUGCAGAUGGUCUGGAGCUCUAUUGUUCUGUGCUUAUAUGAAGCUGGGAAGUGUGGCAAAAUUCAAUUGUUAGACUUAUUUUGUGAGACACUUGAUCCAGAUAUUUACACCUCAUUGGCUUCUGAUAAUCCCACUGGAAUUGGAGAAAGUAGUCUUAGGGACAGAGUUCGUGGAACCAAUCAAGGCCAUCUCCUUAUAGAACUCUGGGAUCUUCCUGCAGCAUUGCUCUGUCAGUUGCUCAAAAGUUGGGAAGUUCUCACCGUGGAUGUUCCUGAGAUUCACGACAAGGUAAAGGAGUUGCAGGCCUUGUUGAAAUUUGAGGGAGGAAGUUGUAAACCGGAUUUUACAGACAUAUCCAGGAGACAUACAUCUCACAGUCCCUUAAAAAUUGGGAAGUCACAAUCAAUAAAUGGAAAAGCUGCUAUACUAGUUGAUUGCAUGGUUAGGUAUUUCAUGAGGCCGAUUGAGUGCAUACAAUGUCACGAAAUUGUUUGCUUUAGAAAUGUUGAAAAACUUCAAUCGGCUUUGAUUGGAGAUUCAAGAAAGAGGAUUCAAGUGGAUCUUUUGGAGUUCCAUAAAAUCCUACGAUGCAGUUGCUGCAGCAGGAGUGGCAACAUUCCAUUGUCAUCCAUGCCCGAUACCUCAAUUGUGUAUACCUUGGCUCAAGAGCAUGGCGAUCUUAUCAAUCUUCAUGACUGGUUCCAGUCUUUCAAAACAAUUGCCAGUCAGCCCAGUAGGAAAGGGGAGUGCAAGUUGAAGCAGUCCCCACUACCGAAAAGACGAAAGGACGUGAAUGAAUCUGAAAACAAGAGCGAAGCAUCUAUUCAGUAUCCUUUUGUUUUUUCAUACUGCACAGUGCACAUCUUCGUUUUCUGUGAGUUGACCAUCUUCCCAAGUUGCAUGCAAAGAUCAAAUUACUAG